GGAAAUUGUGAAACUUGACAUUCUCAUUUACUGUAAAACACAUCUGAAGUGUGUUUAAAAUACUGAUUACAAAACAGCCUUUCUUCUUAGAAAGUUAGUGAGAGUUUGAAAGAGCGUGAGUAGAAACACAACGAGGCUGUAAAGGUGGACUGGUGAGUAGAUGGGUUUUCAUGUUAACGUCCCCGACAACCUCUGUAGUCUCAUUUAGACACUCGUUAGCAACCGCCUUUUUUAAGACACGUAAAAGCUUCAAACAUCAGGAGUGGGGGAUUUACUGACCCAUUUUAUGUCGGAGAAUAAAACCUGAAAAUGUCUUGAGCUUGUGUUAAAACCACAGACCUUAUUUCACACAUUUAACCAGAAACACACUGACUUUGGGACGAGGGAGCAGGAAGUGCUAACAUGCUAACAUGCUAACUGACUUCCUGGUUUCAGGACUCGUUCCUGCUCAGGUAACCUGAGAUAAUGUGUUGCUAUGAAACUAACAAAUAAUCAGCAAAUAAAAUAAUAGGGGAUUUUUAUUGUUUGGUGACAUUAAUCUGCAGAUUAAUUUUUCUACGAAACGUCGGAAAAAACAGUCAAAAAAUGCGACUUCGGUUGUCCAAAGUGAUGACCUCAAACAUAUUUCCAUCGACCUUGACAGAAACGUUCUAAAAUCUAGCUUAUGUCGCAGUUAAACAGAAAAUUGUUUCAUCCAGAUUCAGGAAAGUCCUGAACUCAAAACCAGUAACUGGUCCAAUCUGGGACACCAAAAAAUAACAAAAAUAUAUCAGACUUAUUGCAUUAAAUUUUCUGUUUAUCAUUGUUGUACUCGAGCCACAGAGCGAAGCAACAAAAAAAUAAAUAAAUCCAGAGGAUAUUUCUAUGAAAAUAUAUAAUAUCAAACGAAAAGCAGAAAAUUGUGUCAUUUACAGAACUGCAAUCAUCCAAAGUUUUUUUUCUGCCUCAAAAAGUGGCUUAAUUUUCUGUUGAUUCACUGACCAGUCAAUUCAGAGCAGCAGCCAGUGAUUUAUCUGCCGAACAUUUUCUGGAUUAAUCGAUAGGUUUUGUCCUUGUGGAAGUGAUAUCUCAUCUCAGGGAUGAACUGAUUAGAUUUUGGUGGCCAGAGGUCAAAGGUCACUGGGACUGCACACAACUUGUUUUUGGUCAUUACCUAAGAACUCACAGGCUAAUUAAUUGCAGCUAGGUUGGUUGGUGGAGGCGUAAAACCACAAAGAGCUAAUCCUUAUUUUGGUGAAAUACUAAUUUCUAAUUUAACUAUCAUGAUGUGACUCUGAAACUAAAUAAAGCUAGAAUCAAAUUUUGUUUUUUUCACGUUUUAAAUGAUAAAGCAAUACAAAUCCAGUAAUACUGAAGGGUCUGUUUAUUACCAGGAGGAGAAAUCCAAACCAGCGGUGGUUUGUUUCAGUGUUUGUGGCAGGUGAUGUAUGUUCACAUACUGCAACUUUCCAAGAACAAAGGAACUCACUUGUUCAAACAGGAACCAGGAGAGAGUCCAGCUGCAGAAGCAAUCAGAUAUUUAUCCUAACAUCAUAGCAAUGGGUUUCCCUGCGGAGCGACUGGAGGGAGUUUAUAGAAACAACAUUGACGAUGUUGUUCGGUUUUUAGAUUCAAAGCACAAGAAUCACUAUAAGAUCUAUAAUCUAUGUGCAGAGCGACAUUACGACACAUCAAAGUUUAACUGUCAAGUCGCUCAGUAUCCGUUCGAGGACCACAACCCCCCUCAGCUGGAGCUGAUAAAGCCAUUCUGCGAGGACCUGGAUCAGUGGCUGAGUGAGGAUGAGCAGCAUGUCGCGGCCAUCCACUGCAAGGCAGGAAAAGGCCGCACAGGUGUCAUGAUCUGCGCCUACCUGCUGCACCGAGGCAAGUUUCAGGAGGCUCAGGAGGCUCUGGACUUCUACGGAGAGGUUCGCACCCACGACAAAAAGGGCGUGACCAUCCCCAGUCAGCGGCGUUACGUUGUCUACUACAGCUUCCUGCUGAGGAACCAGCUGCAGUACAAACCUGUUGCUCUGCUCUUCCAUAAGAUGCUGUUUGAAACCAUCCCCAUGUUCACCGGAGGCACCUGUAACCCUCAAUUUGUGGUGUACCAGCUGAAGGUGAAGAUUCACACCUCUAACCCCUCCCACACCCGACGGGAAGACAAGCUGAUGCUAUUUGAGUUCCCGCAGCCACUUCCUGUCUGUGGAGACAUCAAGGUGGAGUUCUUCCAUAAGCAGAAUAAGAUGAUGAAGAAGGAAAAGAUGUUUCACUUCUGGGUCAACACCUUCUUCAUCCCAGGACCAGAGGAGUACCCAGACAAACUGGAGAACGGCAGCGCCGGAACACUGCGGGAACCGGCCGACAGAACGCACCAGAACCUUGGGAUGAUGAUGAUGGGAGGAGAAACCAACGACAGAGACUACCUGAUUCUCACUUUGGUAAAAAAUGACCUGGAUAAGGCAAAUAAAGAUAAGGCCAACAGGAACUUCUCCCCGAAUUUCAAGGUGAAACUGUUUUUUACCAAGACGGUAGAGGAAGGAGCUAACUGUGACGCGAGCAGCACGUCUGCCUCAGUGACCCCGGACGUCAGCGACAACGAACCAGAUCACUACCGCUACUCUGACACGACGGACUCAGACCCAGAGAAUGAGCCAUUCGAAGAGGACCACCACAAUCAGAUCACAAAAGUCUGACACACACACACACACACUCUCUCUCACACGCAAACAUACAGAUAUAUAUAUCUGUGUGUGUGUAUGUAUAUAUACGUACAUAUAUACACAGUGUGUGUGUGUAUAUAUAUAUAUAUAUAUAUAUAUGUGUGUGUGUGUACACACUCAUGAACCCCCAAACUAAGACUAGUGUGUGGUUAGUUUCUGGGGGAAUAUAACCGAUGGACUAGAGCUGAUCUAUGGGACUCUGGGAUCAAAGAGCUCAGAUCAGAAUAUAACCCCCCCCCCCCAAUCUUCUGCUCGGUGCACAUCUGGACAAUCACAUGACAUGGCGGUCGGGGGUGAGGAGGGUGGGGAUAAACGCGUGGGCAGGGCCAGGCCAGAAAAUGGACGGCGAAUGGACAGUAAGACAGAUGAAUGGACAGACAGGAGAUUUUAAAAAUUAAAGGGGUAAAACUUGAAUAUAAACAAACUGAAAGACAAGUAGACUUCUUUAGUGAUUACACCAAGGUGUUUGUUGGAUAAAUCCUCAGUCCCCAUGUGUCCUUCCAUCCUUCUUUCUUUUCUUUCCUUCCUUCCUUCCUGACCAGUUUUAGGAAACUUUAUGCAGACCAAUCUUUUCUUUUCACCUCUGCCCUCUUCAAUCUUCAGUUCUGUUAAGCUGUGUUAGAGUGUUGGCUCUUCUCUCUGUGUGCUAAUGCUAAAAUUUUCAGGCCAAAUUCACAUGUGGUUAUUUUUCUGCAGAACUUUGGCUUAUUUUAAAUAAUUAGUCUUCUGUCAAGUGUGGAUUCAUAUGGAUUUUUGAAGACCAGGGCUGAUAUCUUUGAAUUUCUGCCAGAUCUGCAGCAGUUCACCUAGGGUUGACUUUCAAACUGAACUUAGACCUCUGAGGGACAGCACAACUCUUUUUCUGAAUGAAUAUCAAACUAGAACAGUGAUGAAGGUAAUCAGUUGCAAUUCCAGCAUAUAUUUGUUAUAAAAACAGAAUAUUGACCGGACAUGAAUAGCGUGUUUAACUCUAACAAUGAGGAAACAACCGGAAGCAACUGGCACUGUGGAAUGUUAUCCAAAAGGCUUGUUUUUGUUAUACCCAGAUCAUUUUAAAAGUAAUAAAUUGGCUUUAAUUAGUAUUCCAGAUUAUGUUGUAAUGUUCUCUCUCCCUCAAAACAUAAAAAACAGAAACUGGAAACUGGAAAGUUUUUAACUGUGGUCUUCAAAAAUCCUCCUGACAAAGAAAGACCAGAUCAGACUGGACUGUGCUGAGUGGGUUUGGUUCAGUCACUCUGAGCUGGUGUGGGCUAGUAUGAGUCUGCUGGAACAAAUUCAAAUCAGUUUGAACCAAUUUGAGCUAGUUUUGGACCAAUCUGAGACAGUUUGGACUAGUUCCUACUGGGUAUAUAAAUCAAUUAUUAAACCCUUUUAUCACAAGAAUCUUUUGUUUUGCGGGUUUACCCUUACCCAGUUUUUUGUAUACUUGAGAUUGGAACUAUUCCCACCAAAGAACUUCAGGACCCUCUAAACCUGCUUUAUCUCAUGACUCGUUCAGAUUAAGAUGGACUAGAAGCAGUUUGGACCAGUCAUAGCUGGACUGGAUUUGCGUAGGAACAAAGCAGCACACAAAGAGAAGUGACAACCUGUUGUUUGAAUGUGACAAUGAAGAAUAGAAGCUUGGAUUAUUCACAAUCUGCUGCAAUUCUGUCAAUCAUCUACUGUUGAAAAUCACAUACAGUACAACCCUACUGUGAACAAAUACUAUUACUACUUUUCUGACUGUCUCUCUGUCUACAGUUUUGCACAGAAGGAUUGUCUUCAGCCCUUCAAUCAGUUCCCACAGUUACAGAAAACAUAUUUUUGUUAUACUCUGACUUAUAUCAAUCAUUAAGCUAGACAAACAAGCUACACACAUUAUAACCAUUCCUUCAGCCAGAUCUGCUUUUAAGCUUUACAUCUAUGUAGGCUAACCUACCCUGAUACAAACUACAAACUAAAGCAGAAAUCUACGACUCCAGAGCACGCUGUUUCAGUGUGCCCGGGAUGUCAGGUGGGUGGGGUUUGCACUUUAUAAAGGACAGUUGGGUUUGUAUGUAUUUGUAGGCAAGCUUAUUCCAUCCAAGAAAGCCUGUUUGGCUCAUGUUUGUGUUGAUGUCUGACAAGUUGAAAGAUACAGUCCUUUUAAAAAGCUGCCGUUUGGGAGGUUUUAGUUUCUCAACUUUGGGGUCAGGACCCAAUGUGGGUUAGCGGUAGAUUUCAUGACCACAGUUGUUCUUGAGAGUCACAAGGUUUAGCCUCUGUGUGUCUUUGGUUUCUGACAUUUCAAAGAGGGUGACACUCUAUAAUUAUUACUCUGUCUGUAGACUAUUAAUCGUUUUAUUCACUACUACUUUGUAGAGACAUUAAAGCACUUAAAUUCUUGCAAACUGUACCUUUAACACCAGGGACGACAGUUUGAUGAUCACAUUACCAUAACAGCAGGCUUGAGACUAUUCCGUCUGGAUUUUAAAGAAGCAAAUGAACAUUAGGGAUUCUCUGAUUACUUUCUUUUAGAUCAUAGAUUUAAUCUCAUUAGAGCAAAACGAUCCAAAACUAAUCCUUGGUUGGUGCGCUCUCUGGGCUCUUACCAAAUGCUUGUCCACUGUUCUACUGCAAAAGGAAACAAAAACACUGCAACACAGUUUGAAUUAGGAUGCAGCAGCUGAGCUGGAUAGGGCUAAACUCCAUCAGCCUAUUCCAGUUGGCACCCAGUCGAUCAGAGGGUCCCUAUUGAUCAUUGGAAAGAGCAUCUGCCUCCAGAUCGGGUGUAGGUAGAAGUUUUAGUCCUGAUACCUGAUUUCCGUCCUAACAUUUGGUGCUACAACCGAUCAUCAGCCCUGCAUUGGUUCUGUAGUUAAUGGUCGUACUUCAUAGGUGUAGUUCCAAGACUGAGUUGGGACUUUUAAGUUCUUCUCAUCAACACCGUGGGCUUUGUCAAGACCUUGAUCACACAGGACGCACUCUGGAGGCUUGAAAACCUAAAAUGCAGAAUGCUGCUUUUAUUCUGAGAGUGAGCGAGGACAGAAGGUGGUGACCGUAUUCUUGUAAGACCUACUACAUGAUGUCUACAUUUAAUUCAUGAUGACUACAUUUAAUUCUGUCUUAACAGUACCUGAACUCGAAAGGUCAACGACACAUGGUAGGACACCAAAAGGCCAACAAUGAUAAUAUCAAGUUUGGUUACAAUUAUGAUAUCCAGGUUCUGUUAAACAAGGAGGUCGACUCUUAAACGACUGUGGGGAUUUAUCUGGAAUUGGGCUUUUUGCAGCCAAUGAGAGAAAAUUUCUCCAAAAAGCAACUGUAGAUGUGACGUUUCCAACUGUACAGAUUGUUGCAAGUCAGUGGAACAUGUAGAAAAAGUGCCUGGCGCUGAUGAAAUUGUAUCCUGUGUGAUCAUAUCUUGACAUGCAGCACCCAGCCUCAGUGAAAGCCACCAGUUCAUCUGUAGCUUUGUGCUACCAGCAAACCAGUGUAUUACAGUCCACCAUGUUGGGGUUUAGGUGCUAAACUGAGCUAACCAGGGCUGAUGCUGAGCCUGUUGUCCAUCUGUGGUGCUUUCUACCAGCAGCAAGUGUUCGUCCAGUCUCGAUCUGUGACGCUUAACAGCUCUGUCGUCAGUAUGGCGAUCUGUCCACGGGCUCUGUUUGUGUAGCUGCCGACACAUUACAACAACAAUAAAACAAUUCCUGUUCUGAGUCCUGUUGGGUGCUGUCAGACCUGGCCUCACUUCCUGUCAUCAACCCGAUCAGACAUGGCCAGUGUGUAGACCUGUUAAAACCUGGUUAACCCAGAAAACACAACUAACUACUGCAAACUGGGCUGAACUGGUCCAGAAAACCUGGAUUAAAUUUUCCUCCCUAUCAGAAAAGUAGGUCCAUUUUUACAGGGUAUUUUUUAGUGUUAUAUUUUCUCUCAGGAUACUGUUGUAGUCCCUCGCUGCAAUUUUGCUUAGAACUGUCUUAGUAUAAGGGUUGAAUUCAGCCAAUUAUAAGGAAACGUCUAGGACGCUGAGGUGCUGAUGCCCAAACCUUGCAAAGCUGAUUGGUUGGGAGACUUGUUUGAAACAAAACAGUUUUUUCCUGGCAUUUCAGAAAUUUGUUUCUGGACCUAUUUUCCAUUUAGAUUCUACAGGUCACAAUCUAGAAGUGAAUGAGUUUUAUUACCUCUUGCUGAAUGCUGAUAGCAUACUGAACAUACCGGUGUGUCCUGAGCGGGUUGUUGGUAUUUGAGGCCAGGCAGGUGCUGUCCACAUCUCUGACUGUUUCAGGUGCUCCAUAUCUUUUUCUUACAACCAUUUAUAGUGAUUGGUUGUAGACAAGUUCUAGUUCAGCUGUGUCUAAUCCACCUGAGAAAUUUGGACAGAAAGCAGUCAUUUGUAACUCAGCAUAAACAGGAAGAGGUUUUUUUUUUUCUUUAACUCAUAUUUCACAAAAUAUCACAACAGAAAUUUUCCGGAAACAAAAUUAUUCUACACACCUCUUUAAUGACGUUUAAAUGUCGAUCCUGUUUAGGGUUCCUGUAGCAAUUCAGAAAGUCAAAAAGGAAAGUGCUUUCUGCAUAUAGAACUUCAAAAUAGAAAACAGAAGGUGACAGAGAAGUGUUGAUAAGAAUCGGCAAUAUGUUGAGUUAAAAACCUGAACCUUAAACAUUGAACUCAGUGAUGUUUUAAUGUUAAGAUAAAUGGUUUUACGUUGGCGUUAAGAGUGAAAUCAGUCAUUUUUCCUCUGAAGACAAUGACAAUUUAUUUUGAAUUUGAAUCUGUAAAGGAACCUUGAACUUGGAUUAGGUGUUGUAUGCCUGACAAAUACAACUCUGAAUUAACUUUUAACCUCCAACAAUCAGAUUUAACAUCAACAGUUUCACACUUUACUCAAAGUCCUGUUCCUUCAGUGAGAAAGCUGCUUCGUUUUGUCUGUUGAGUCAACAAGAUGAUGCUUCAACUCUUUUCUGUUUACAUCUCAUCACCAAACCUGCCAAAAUGAAGCUCAGACUGAUGUUUUAUUUUUUAAUUUUUGGUCUGUUUUUCUGUUAUUUUUGGAUUUGACAAGGUAAACAUGGUCCAUGUUCAUGUUCUUUCUUUGUUUUUGCCUCAAGGUGCGGUCACAUUAGCCCUCCAGUCAACAAAACUGCCCUGCACUCAGACCCGUUGUCCGUCUGUGAGUGUCAUAUUGUACAAGAACUUCACUAGAAUAACUGAAUACAUGUUUCAAAAGUCAGUGCAUCAGUGUUUGUAUUGGCUCAAUGUGCAAAUUCAAAGGUGGAGGGUGAAGUCCCAAGUGUGAGGCCAAAGAUUGCACCAAAGGAGGAAAUUCAUUCCUGAAUUUAUCAUUUUGGUCUUUUGUUGAGGUGAACAGGGGAUGGAGUAUUUGCAGGGUGGGAGGUGUCAUGUGACCGUACUUGUAUUUGGAGUCAACAACAGUUUUCUGCUUCUUGACAAUUCCUGACAGUUCUUCAGAGCCAAGUACACGAACCACAUCUGUCGGUCAGAAGCAUAGAUAUAGCACAUCACCUGUUGCCUCCUGUGCGCUGACGCCCGAUCCACAAAUAUAUUGAAAUAGAAAAUAUUUCAAUCCCAGUUGGAUCUUUUUUGGUGUUUAAAAAUGAUCACCACAGCUACAACAAUGAGCUAACAUUUCAGAAUGAUUGACAGCUGACUGUUCACUAAGCCCCUCCGCUGCUUUCCGUCCAAUUUUCAGUAGACUAAAGAAUUUUGUUUAGAUUUUUUCAGUAACUAGCUAGCUAACUAAGCUAACGUUAGUUUAAUGUGUCAAUUUAAGAAAGACAGUCUCCUGUUGAUUCUUUAAAAACUCUUUAAAAUAGUAAAACUAAAACUGACUCAAUGGAUUCAUGCGACCAUGCCAGCACCCUGAAGCUAAAGCUAACUGCUAACGAUUAUGAAAGUGUAACUUUAUUCAAACAUAAAUGUUUUUAGCAGCUUUACUUGAAGACCAGUUUGUAUUUUCACACAUUAAGUUUUGACCUGUUUGGCAGAUGUAACCGCCUCAGAAACAUUGGCAGGAGUUGUUGGAAAGUUCACUCCAAGACUCAACUGGGAGAUUGAAUCCGAAAUCCGGAAUAAUGUUCCCGUACUGUCCCAACAGGUGGAUUUGGAAUCAGUUCUGAAGUGACUGAACCAGACUUUGUGACAGAUGUGGUUUUGUGCUUGGCUCUGACCCUCCUUUGUCAUUUCAUCUGUUUGGAGAGUGUCAUUGUGUCGUUCAGGUUUCAGCUCAGUGGUCCACAGUGUUUCUGUUCAUGAUGGUGAUUUUGUUUGUGUUCAUUUUUUUAUCGGGUAUUGAUUUUGUUUUUCACUCAGUCAACAGACAAACAGAAAACUCUACAGAUACCGGCCUGUAUCACCAUGGAAAACAACAUUUCAUGUUAAACUGACUCCCCACCCCCAGUUCUUUUAUUCUCUCCCUCCUUGUUUUAUAAUGAAAUAAAAACACUGUAAAGGUGAAUAAACUAUUUAUAAACAGC